UGUCCUGCACGAGACAUGAAGGCACAGACGUCUUUCUUCCUCAUUCUCAUAUCAUCUCUGAGUGGAUCUCAAGGCAUAUUCCUUUCAGCUUUCUUCACUUACGUUCCUAUGAAUGAACAAAUCAUCAUUGGAAGACUUGGUGAAGAUAUAAUUCUCCCUUCUUCAUUUGAGAGGGGAUCCGAAGUUGUAAUACACUGGAAGUAUCAAGACAGCUACAAUAGCUACAAUGUUCACAGUUACUACAAAGGCAGUGGCCGUUUGGAAAGCCAAGAUACCAGAUAUGCAAACAGGACAUCCCUUUUCUAUAAUGAGAUUCAAAAUGGGAAUGCGUCUCUAUUUUUCAGAAGAUUAAGCCUUCUGGAUGAAGGAAUUUAUACCUGCUAUGUAGGAACAGCAAUUCAAGCGAUUACAAACAAAGUGGUGCUAAAGGUGGGAGUUUUUCUCACACCCAUGAUGAAGUAUGAAAAGAGGAACACAAACAGCUUCUUAAUAUGCAACGUGUUAAGUGUUUAUCCUCGUCCAAUUAUCACGUGGAAAAUGGACAACACACCUAUCUCUGAAAACAAUAUGCAAGAAACAGGGUCUUUGGGUCCUUUUUCGAUUAACAGCACGCUGAAUAUUACAGGAUCAAAUUCAUCUUAUGAAUGUACAAUUGAAAAUUCACUUCUGAAGCAAACAUGGACAGGGCGCUGGACAAUGAAAGAUGGCCUUCAUAAAAUGCAAAGUGAACAUGUUUCACUCUCAUGUGAACUUGUAAAUGAUUAUUUUUCACCAAACCAAGACUUCAAAGUUACUUGGUCCAGAAUGGAAAGUGGGAUUUCCUCUAUCCUGGCUUACUAUCUGAGCUCCUCACAAAAUACAACUUUCUAUGAAUCCCGAUUCUCAUGGAACAAAGAGCUGAAAAACCAGAGUGACUUCUCUAUGAAUUUGACGGAUCUUAGUCUUUCAGACAGUGGGGAAUAUUUGUGCAAUAUUUCUUCGGAUGAAUAUACUUUACUCACCAUACACACGGUGCACGUAGAACCAAGCCAAGAAACAGCUUCCGAUAACAAAGGCUUAUGGAUUUUGGUGGCCAGUCUGAUUUUGGUGCUCUGUCUGAUUUGGCUGAUUUGGAAAGUAAAAUGUUCCACAGAAAGACGUCGUGUCUCUACUGAGAGCACUCACGAUGAUAAUGCCUCUGAUAAUGCCGAAGAAAACAUGAGUCUUUCAGGAAGAGUACAGCAAAUGAGAGAAGACCUUGACAACUCAUGACAAGCAUCCUUAAUAUCCAGUGACUUCAUAUCCCCUUUCUGCACUGCAAUUCUAGGCAAUGGCCUGUCAGACCAGACAGUUCUACCACUGCAAAGACUUGUAACCAUUUUCUAAUAUCACAUUUUACUUUUCAAGACAUAAGGAUCAUUCACUGACCCACUACCUGCAUUGAGUAUAAAUGCCCGGAUGUUAAGGAUUUCAAUUUAA